UGAGAUAAUUUUUUGCUUGUGUAAUUAUGAUAAUUGUAUUUAAAAUUAAAUUGCCGGUUUAAUUGUUGUUAAAUUAUUAUCAGUAUAUUUAAAUGAAUUUUAAUGAAUAUUUUUUGAUUAAAAUAUAAAAUUGAGUUUAAAAAAUUUGUUUAUCAACAAAACAAAUACAUUUACAAAGUGAGGUUAGAGCUGAAUAAAGAUGCUGAGUGUUGCAAGAUUAUGUUCAAAAAAUUUAACGAGACAGUUGAUCACCAAUGUUUCAUUGACAACACAAAGAAAUUUUUGUAAUGUUGUUAAAAAACCAAUCAGCCUAACUGGACUUUUAAAAUGUCCAAUAACAAGUAUUGGACAAAUAUCAGGAUGCCUAAGAAAAUCAGGAACACUUGCUUUAAAUUAUUCUUCAGCUGUUAAUAAAAAAACAAAUAAAAUUGUUGGAUCAUGGCUUCUUGUUUGCAGUGGAAUGGUUUUUGUUGCAGUUGCAUUGGGUGGUGUUACUAGAUUAACAGAGUCAGGAUUAUCAAUGGUAACAUGGAGACUUCUUGGUGAAAAAAUGCCAGUAUCAGAUGGUCAAUGGAUUGAAGAAUUUGAAAAAUACAAACAAUAUCCAGAAUAUAAAAUAAUGAACAAAGAAAUGACAUUGGAAGAAUUUAAAAGAAUAUGGUGGAUGGAAUAUGCACACAGAAUGUGGGGAAGAUUAAUUGGCAUUGUUUAUGGUGUACCAGCAUUAUAUUUUUGGUACAAUGGUAUGUUAAAAAAAGGAAUGAAAAUGCGAGUAUUAAUACUUGGUAGUCUUAUUGGUGCCCAAGGUCUUAUGGGUUGGUACAUGGUUAAAUCUGGUCUUGAAGAUCGUUUUCAAGGACCAAAUGACGUACCAAGAGUAUCACAAUAUCGUCUAGCUGCACAUCUUGGACUUGCAUUGACACUAUACACCGGCUUUUUAUAUAAUGCACUUGGUUAUUUAAUACCAUCAAAACAAUUACCAUUAGAUUGGUUUAACAAAGAAAAUAUUAAUCAUGAAUUAUUAAAUGGUCUUGUUAGAUUUAAACGUAUGAUUUAUUGUACAAAAGGUCUUGUGUUAUUAACAGCAUUAUCUGGUGCAUUUGUUGCUGGUCUUGAUGCUGGUCUUAUUUAUAAUAGUUUUCCAUUGAUGGCUGAUAAAUUUAUACCUGAUGAUAUACUUGCAUUUUCACCAAUGCUUAGAAAUUUUACUGAAAAUCCAACGACUGUACAAUUUGAUCACAGGAUACUGGGUAUUUCAACUUUAACCUUGAUAACUUUGAUGGCAUGGAAAUCACGAGGACUUGCAUUACCAGGACGUGGAUCAAGGGCCAUGGCAACAUUACUUUGUGCUGGAUAUUUUCAAGUUGUACUUGGUAUCACAACACUCAUUAGUUAUGUACCAGUUCAUUUAGCAGCUACACAUCAAUCUGGAAGCAUGCUUGUACUUGGUGCUGCUACUUGGCUUUGUCAUGAACUCAAAUACAUUCGUAAAAUACCAAAAUAAUUCAUUUAAAAACAACAACAAUUUAUUGUACAGUUUAAUUAUAGAAAUUAAUAAAUUAAAUUUCACUUUUGA